CCGGUGUGUAAUGUCUAUGACAUUUGCUGCCAGAAGAAGCUAGGUCUUGACAGCUAACCGAUGAGAGGAAACAACUUAUUUUUGUACAUUUUUUGCCCCCACUCGCAACCGCGUAGCUAAAAUUCGGACUCGCUAUCCUAUUUACUUACGCCAUGACAUGUUUUAAUGUAGGGUUUUAUUUUAAAACUAGUGUUAUGAUUACACACUUUGUAGAGUAGGCUAACGAUAAGGACUAACUUGUACAGUAGACCCGCUUGUGCUUUGGGGUGUCGUUUUAGCUCUGCAACGUACAACAUUUAAUUUAACUAACUUAAGAUAAAUUAUUCGGUUUCGUAUGCCAGCACGAAUGAAUAAUUAAAGCCGGCUCGACUUAGUGAGUCAUGUACACAAGGUUAAAGUUAGCUUUUAGCCAUUUACUUUUUAAUGCUGAUUGGUGCGGACAAGUUUGCUUUAAUAAGUAGGCCAAGAGGCGAGUGAGAGAAGUAAGUGUAAGUGAAACAGUUUGGGACUUUUGUGAGAGUGUUGGUUAAGUGAGUUGUGAGGUGGCAACAUGCUCCUAUCCCUUGUCGUGCAUACGCACUCGCUCCGGUACUGGUUUCCGGCAACCGUCUUGCUGGGCACGGCACCGGUUUACUUGCUCUCGUGGGGGGCCUGGCGUUUUCUUUCCACGCUAUUGCCGGCCAGACUGUACCACACUUUAGACGACAGGCUAUACUGCAUCUACCAGAGCAUGGUCCUCUUCUUCUUCGAGAACUACACAGGGGUGGAGAUUGUCAUAUAUGGAGAUAUACCAAAAACCAAAGAGAAUGUGAUCUAUCUGUCGAAUCAUCAAUGCACAGUGGACUGGAUCAUUGCUGACAUGUUGGCGAUCAGGCAGAGUGCCCUUGGCCAUGUCAGAUAUGUUCUUAAAGAAGGACUCAAGUGGCUUCCACUCUACGGAUGGUAUUUCUCUCAGCAUGGGGGGAUCUACGUGAAACGAAGUGCCAAGUUUAACGCAGAGGCUAUGAAGAAGAAGCUUGUCUCUCAGAAUCAGUUGGGAGCACCAAUGUACCUCGUCGUUUUUCCAGAAGGAACACGCUAUAAUCCCGAGCUCAAGAAUGUAAUCGCCGAUAGUCAGGCCUUUGCUACUAAAGAAGGGCUGGCUGUUCUGCAACACACAUUAACGCCCCGAAUGAAAGCUUCACAUAUUGCCCUGGAGACCAUGAGGGCCCACUUGGAUGCCGUCUAUGACAUCACAGUGGCCUACGAGGGAACGCUUGGCACUGACAACCAAAGAAAACCAGCACCUUCAAUGCCAGAAUUCCUGUGCAAAGAAUGUCCGAGGGUCCACAUCUACUUUGAGCGUGUGGAUGUCAAGGAAAUUCCUCCCGAGCCACACUUCUUCCGCCGGUGGCUGCACGAGCGCUUUGAAAUUAAGGACCGGCUGCUGGCUGAUUUCUACAAGCGUGGCAACGCAGUCAAACUAUGCAGCUUCCCCGGGGAGGGCAGACGUUCCCCCUUGGGACUCUCCAAAACCCUCCCGGCCGUGCUCAUCUUGGGGGGUCUGACGCUGCCUCUGCUGCUGACUGACACCGGCAGGAAGGUGUACUGGAGAACCUGGGUGUACGGGACUCUUCUAGGUUGGCUGUGGGUCAGUUUGCUUCCUUAACGCACGGCCAUAAGAUGCGCAAAAGCGGUGCCAUGUUUCAGUAUUGCCACGCAGGUUGUGUUGCAGAAGCAGAAUACUGCGGUACGUAAAGUACAAACACGCCGCCGGCGCACGCGCUCGCACUACACGUGACUCACUGUGCUAAACCGAUGCAAAGAAUUAUUCGUCUUGUGCUACGACUUGUUUCCCGGAACGAUCAGGUUUUGGGGAAACAACAGUGGAUUUGUUCAAAAGAAACAUGAAAUUUCUCAUUCGAGCUAAAAAUAACAAUUAACCUCACCCGCUCCCAAAUCACGCAAAUCAUUCAGACGUGUAUCCUCGCAUGCUCCUCAUUGCUCCAGCAGAGGUUGGCCAAUCUCUACCCAUGGAAUUUAUCUUGGACACUCAAACAGAAGUCAUUCUUCAGAGGGACAGCAUUCAUAUAUUUCAUGAGUUAGGCUCCGACCUUGCUGUGUGGAGUUUGCAUGUUCUCCCCGGGCCUGCGUGGGUUUUCUCCGGGUACUGCGGUUUCCCCGCACAUUCGAAAAACAUGCAUGGCAGGCUGAUUGAACUCUCUAAAUUGUCCCGAGGUGUGAGUGUGAGCGCAGAUGGUUGUUUUUCUCUGUGUGCCCUGCGAUCGGCAACCGGUUCAGUGUGUCCCCCCCCCCCCCCCCCCCCGCCUACUUGCCAAAGACGGCUGGGAUAGGCUCCAACAACCCCCGUGACCCUUGUGAGGAUAAAGCUGUUUGGAAAAUGGAUGGAUGGAUGGAUGGAUGGAUGGAUGGAUGGAUGGAUGGAUGGAUGGAUGGAUGGAUGGAUGGAUGGAAGGUUUCCACAUUCCGAAUUUGCACUAAGGUUGUUCAUUUUGGAACCUCUAUUCUGUUCUGUGAUGCAACUGACUUAAAAGUUGUUCUCAAAGAUUCCUCCUCAAGUCGGAAAUAAUGUUAACGGAAUUCAUUGAUUCAAGACAGUCCUCAUCAUCAAACCUUGUGAACCCAUGCCAUAUGACAGUGUUUUCACUAACAUUGUACCCUCCUUAGUUGUCAUACGAAUAGAGACUUGAACACCCGAUAAAAAUUAGGAAAAAUAAAAAUUGAAAUGCAUGCUUUGAAAAAAAUGGAAAGGGAAUAGACAGCUGUGUAGUAGUGGUUAUAUAAUCUUCUCCGUCUUCACAAACUAAUUAAUUAGUUUGUGAAGUUGAAGUUGUUUCCUCCAGGUACUUUGGCUUCCUCAUCAUGCUUUCCAUAGACAUGCUUGUUAGCUUCAUUAAAAAUGCUUAAUUGUCUUUAGGUGAGAACGAAGCUGACUGAUUGUCUACAUUUGCCAUGUUGUAGACGGACAACCAGUUUACAGUACACACUUUGCUUCCUCUCGCCCAAAGUUAGCUGGGAUCGGCUCCAGCUCAGCCAGACCUCCAAUCAGGGUGCGUUGAUAAUGGGCUAGGUGGAUUGAAUUUUUCUGAUCAUUUUGACGUUUCACAACUAUUUUUUUAUAAUGUUCUAUGGUUGUCAUCGCCCUUCUCCGUCGGCAUUUUGGGGCAUUCUACUUUGGGUCUUCCACUGAACUUUUAAAUGACUUGGUGUGUGAUGAAUGCAACAUACUUCUAGUUUGCAGUAGUCAGAAGGGCUUUAUCAGCCUGAUACCUACGGCACUUUUUGUAAUAUAAAGGAUAAUUAUAUCUCUUUAAUAGUCAAAAUGAAUGUUUCCCUUGGAAAAUAUAUGCAUUACGUUGUUUAAAAACGAACAUGUCAAGAAAAGGCAUGAGAAUUAAUCUCCUUAAUGCUUGUCACUAAAUAAAUUGUUCCACGAAAGCGGGCAUCCAAAUUUAGGGGCAGUGGGCUAUAAUAAUCGUGCCAGAGCAUAUGUUCUGGCCCGCAAUGCAAAAAAAUAAAAAAUGAACUGCAAACAAAACCUAGAAAAAUAAAUCCCAGAGGAACUGUUAAAAAUGCUCAUAAUACUAAUGAUCUGUUUGAUUCUUGCAUCAUGUACUGUAUGUGUACAAAUGUAAUAACCCUCAGAGGUUUUAUAAAUCAACAGCAGAAAAAAAGAAUUCCCCUUUGAUACACUAAAAUAAAACAGCUUUAAAAGAAAGAAAAAAAGCAAAUUGCCAAACUUGGUGAUUUUUGCCAUAAUGUUCACGUGUUAUGUU